AUGAAUCAGAAAAUUGCAAUUAGUCUCAUUAAUAUUCCAAUUAUUCCAACUUUAGAUGAAUUAGAUUUUGCUGAAAGUUCAUAUAUUUUUGGUGAAGGGAUAAUUGAAAUUAAAAACAUUACAAAUGGAGGGCAUCGUAGUGCAAAAGAUAUUUUAACAUAUAUUAUACCAGCUCUCAUCUUUGAAGGGGUAUUGGAUAUAAGUAAUCCAAUAAUUCAUUUACGUAUAUCUGGAGAUGGACGUAAUGUGGGAAGGAAAAUAAAACAGGUUAUGAUCACUAUGGCGAUUUUGAAUGAUGAACAAAACAUUCACAAACCUGAUCAUCACUAUACAACCAUUCUUUUUCCAGGAAUAGAGAGUUAUGAACUUUUGGAAGUUAUGAUGUCACCAUUCAUUCAAGAACUAAAUGAUCUUAAGAAUUAUGGUUUAAAAAUUAAUAAUAUAAUUUGGAAGUUUGAGUUGUACUUUAGCUCUGACUGGAAGUUUCUGUCUAUAUGUCUUGGAUUUAAUGCAGCUAAUUCAAAUUAUUUCUGUCCGUGGUGUCAGAUAUCCAAGCAUGACCAAAUUAAUAAUCAAACUAAUUGGAAAAUUAGUAAAAAAAUGGAAAAAAUAAAUGAAUAUCCAGGUCAUAGUAAAAAGCCACUCUUUAAUAUGAUUUCUUUAGAUCAUUGGAUUCCAGAUGAACUUCAUAUUAUGCUCCGAAUUUUUGAUCGUCUUUGGAGCUUAGUCUUGUCAGAAUUAAAAGAUGUUGAUCAAUUUGAUAACAUAUGUCAUAAUGAAAUUGUGCAAGAAAUGAACAGAAUUGGAGUUCAUUUUCAAUUUUGGGAAGAGAAUGGAUCUAAUACAUGGAAUUAUACAUCAUUAAUGGGUAAUGAUAAGUUAAAAGUUCUAAAAGAUUUUGAUUUAGGUUGAAUAUUACCACCUUCACGAGCCAAAAAAAUUUGAGAGUUGUGGGAUAGAUUCAACCUAAUUUACUCCAAUCUUAAAAUAAAAGAUUAUGACCCACACCAGUUUCAAUUUGAAGCAGAAGACUGGCUGGAAUUGUUUUUAACUCCAGAUAGAGUUAUUCCAAAUUCAAAUCGCAUUGAAAAAGGAUUGUACAGUCCAAGCGCAAUUACUCCAUACAUACAUGUUCUCGUGUAUCACAUAUCCAAGUUUAUGGAAAUUCAUAAGCAAUGGGGCAUAAAGGCGUUUUCUUGCGCACCUGU